AUGGCCAACAGUACAGGGGACCAUCCUCCAGGAAAUUGGCUUCCUGAAGGUAACCAUGACGGGGACUUUGGAUUGACCAUGGAGGACCUGAGGGCUCUCAUAGAGCUACGAAGUGCUGAGGCUGUCAACAAGGUCCGGGAUGAUUAUGGAGAAGUGCAGGGCAUAUGUCGCCGUCGCCGCCUGAAGACAUCACCAGUAGAGGGUCUGCCUGGUAACCCUGUUGAUUUAGAGAAACAUCGUACAGCAUUUGGAAUGAACUUCAUCCCCCCAAAGAAGCCCAAGAUGUUCCUGCAGCUGGUGUGGAAAGCUCUGCAAGACGUCACACUCAUUAUUCUGGUAAUCACUGCAGUCGUCUGGCUUGGCCUGGACGUCUACCAUCCACCAGGGGACGGCAAUGAAGCAUGUGGCCACGUUGCAGGGGAGGCUGGCUGGAUCGAGGGAGCAGCUAUCCUGUUCGCUGUCAUCAUUGUGGUCCUGGUCACAGCCUUCAACGAUUGGUUCAGAGAAAAGCAGUUCCGUGGGCUUCAGAGCCACAUCGAACGGGAAAAAAAGUUCACUGUGAUCCGCAAAGGUCAGGUGAUCCAGAUCCCUGUAGCAGAGAUUGUGGUCGGAGACAUCGCCGAGAUCAAAUACGGAGACCUGCUGCCUGCUAAUGGGAUUCUGAUCCAAGGCAACGACCUGAAGAUCGAUGAGAGUUCUCUGACCAGAGAAUCUGUCCAGGUUCGGAAGUCUCUGGAGAAGGACCCAAUGUUGCUGGCUGGGACCCAUGUCAUGGAAGGAUCUGGCAGGAUGGUGGUGUCAGCUGUCGGUCUCAACCCUCAGACUGGCAUCAUCUUCACCCUGCUCGGCGCCAGCGAGCAGGAUGAAGAGAAGACGGUCAAGAAAAGUAAGGCACAAAAGAAAAUAAAAAAAGAAAAAAGAAAAUGCGCUCCUGACCUGGAUGGAGAGCUCACCAAGCGCUCAGCUCUCCCUCCUCUACUUCCUGUGUGCCGUUCCCAUCUCCAAGUCGCUCGAGACCAGCUGGUAUUGAAAGCUAUGUACCCCAACUUUGAUCCCUUGCACCGGGACAUAAAUGACCAGCGUUACUCCUGA